AUAAUAAUAAUGAUAAUUAUAUAAGGUAAAACUAACAAGGAAUUACUCAUUCAGGACAAUACAUGAACUAAUAAUGAUUUUCCUUAACAUUUGUUGUACUGGCAUUUUCGGUAAAGCAUACUAAUAAUACACAUUACACCUACCUACUGCACAAAUAUAAGUGUCAUAUAAUUUUCUCCAAAGUGCAACUUGAUUGACUUAUCUUAACUAAUUUUUUAUUCUUGUUGUUUAUAAUACCUGUACAUCAUCUACCUGAAACUUAUUUCAUACCCAUACCAAGUCGCUCUUUAACAAUUAAAAAACAGACUACUGUUAAUACAUACAACAGAAACAUUUUACUCUGGGACAUUAAAUAAAAACAGCAUUAUGAAGUCGUACAUUUUAAUCUGAAAUUGUAUUUUUCACAGCUGGUGACUGUUCCUAUGUUUAUACCAGGAUAUAUCCAUGUUAUUUUAUGUAUUUAUUUAUUUAUCAUAUUCCAGUUGCCGACAGUUUGAAAACAAUCAGUUUAAAGCAGGUCACAGGCAUACUGCAGAGGCACUGUAUAUGAAAGAUAACUCCUCUCAUAACUGCAGACUGUAGUACUGGAAUGGUAACUCCACUCAAAACAGCAGACCAGUAAACUAUCUAAUAUACUGUAACGUCCCCAACAAUACAAUUAUAAUUAGGCUAUUUUUAUGUAUAGGCAAAUAUAAGUCACGAUGCAGGAUUUUUCACAACACCCGUAACAAUACCAUAAGUGGAUAAACACUUUAAAAUUUACCUCAACUUUAACACGGAAGAUACGUGAAAAUGUUACGCUGUUUAGGCACGUGACGUGUCCAUCAAAAAACAUUUGGAAUUGUUUAACCAAUAAGACCCAAUCUGUCGUAAUUAUUUAUCAACGAGUUCAUGGUAAAUGUUGCUAAACGUAGGAGAUUAAUUAAACCAGUAUAAAAAGCCUACGACGGUUAGAUGCAAUUCAGAGCCUGUUGAAAUUGUCUGGGGGGAAAAUACCGCGGAGUUGAUCUUUCUUGCUUUAUUUAUUUAUUUUAUUUUUUUUAUUUUUUGAGAUUUGAUCAACUUUUGAAAUGUCUGGACGAGGGAAGAAGCUUGCAAAGCCGAAAUCCGAAACCAGGAGCCGUUCAUCUAAAGCGGGUCUCCAGUUCCCUGUGGGCCGUAUUCACAGGCUGCUGCGAAAGGGUAACUAUGCACAGAGGAUUGGCUCUGGUGCGCCGGUUUACUUGGCAGCAGUGUUGGAGUAUCUGACUGCGGAGGUGCUGGAGCUGGCAGGCAAUGCUGUCCGACAGAAUGGGAAGCAUAGAGUUAUGCCCAGACACAUCCAGCUGGCAGUAAGGAACGAUGAAGAGCUCAACAGACUGCUGGGAGGGGUGACCAUCUCUGAAGGGGGAGUCCUACCCAACAUUCAGGCUCAACUUCUCCCAAAGAAGACUAAAAAGCCCUCUCCCGACGACGGCAGCAAAGACACUCAGUCUCAAGAGUUUUAGA